GCUGUGGAGUUGCUGUGCCACUCAUUCAUUCCUUCAUUAAUUUUAUCAAAUCGUAGCUUAAAGCAGUAAUUAGUAUAAGUUCCAUGGGGUUCGCUAGCCAGUACUGCUUUUGUUUUGUUGUGAUCGUCACAUUGGGAGCUUUGGCUUCUCCAUUAGCUGCAGCUCGCAGCCUCCAAGAUGCAUCAAUGCGUGAGAGGCAUGAGGAGUGGAUGACAAGCUAUGGACGUGAGUAUAAGGACACUAACGAGAAGCAGAAACGCUAUAAGAUAUUCAAGGAAAAUGUGGCACUUAUUGAAUCUUCUAAUGGAGAUCCAAACAAACCUUACAAGCUGAGUGUUAACCAAUUUGCAGAUCUCACAAAUGAAGAGUUCAAAGCCUCACGGAAUAGAUUCAAGGGCUAUAUUUGUUCCACAAAGUCCACUUCUUUCAAAUAUGAAAAUGUCUCAUUCGCAGUGCCAUCUACUAUGGACUGGAGAAUGAAAGGAGCCGUGACACCCGUCAAGGACCAAGGACAAUGCGGUUGUUGUUGGGCAUUUUCAGCAGUAGCAGCAACGGAAGGUAUUACCAAGCUAACAACUGGUGAAUUAAUCUCUUUAUCUGAGCAAGAGUUGGUUGACUGUGACACCAGUGGCGUGGACCAAGGCUGUGAAGGAGGUUUGAUGGACAACGCCUUCACAUUCAUCCAACAUAAUCACGGCCUCGCAUCAGAAGCUAACUAUCCUUACAAGGGUGUUGACGGAACCUGCAACACUAACAAACAAGCCAUCCAUGCGGCCAAGAUAAACGGCUUUGAAGAUGUUCCUGCCAAUAGUGAAGAGGCCCUUCUCAACGCUGUUGCUCACCAGCCGGUUUCUGUUGCCAUUGAUGCCGGGGGGUCUGACUUUCAAUUCUAUUCAAGCGGUGUCUUUACCGGCGCCUGUGGGACGCAAUUGGACCAUGGAGUUACUGCUGUUGGGUACGGGACUAGCGACGAUGGGACUAAAUAUUGGCUGGUGAAGAACUCGUGGGGCACACAAUGGGGCGAAGAAGGGUACAUACGGAUGCAAAGAGAUGUUGAUGCAAAGGAAGGCCUCUGUGGCAUAGCUAUGGAAGCCUCUUACCCCACUGCAUGAAGUGAAUCUGAAUUAAUUAGAUCGAACAAAUUGUCACAUUUAAUAUGUAAUAUAUUAUGCAUUUGUCUGCUUGUUUAAUUCGCAUCUUUCUCUGACGUUCUCCGUCUUGAUUGAUAUAUAUAAUCGGACAGGAACUUAUGUAUCUCUCAUUUAUACCAGAAAUAUUAUUGAGAAGAUAAAAAUAUCAGUCAUGUUAA